AAUAAGAAGUAUGUACAUAUGUAGCUACGGCGUGGCCCCUCCCCUCCCCCUAACACAUAUUGACUUCCACUGGAAUGAUGAUGCACCUGCAAUCGAUAAGGAAGAAGCAGCGCGGGGCAGGCCAGGCAGGCACGCAGACAAGGGGGGAUCCUAGCGCGAGCUUGCGAUUGGAUGCAAGUGGGGCUCCAACCGACGACUGGUCUUCUAUCAUUGGUUGGAGGAUAGCUCACAGACAUGGCCAAUCACAGCCCUGGGCAGCCAAUGUGCCUGCCUCUGGCUUCUACCCCGGUCAAAUGAAUUUCCGCUGGAAUCGCUUAGGGCCCUCAAACCCUCGAAAUUUCCAGCUUGGUGGGCUCCAGCAUCGACUCCAGCAAAAUCGCAUUGCGACACAUCCAGUCAAGUCAUUUCGAGAUCCAAGUCGACCACAGCCAACGCAGAACCACUCAACCCAAUUUCUGCUUCACCGCAAACCAUCAAUUCACAAUGUCGAACUCUGAGCUCGCUGCCUCUUACGCCGCUCUCAUCCUCGCCGAUGACGGUGUCGAGAUCACCUCCGACAAGCUCCAGACCUUGAUCAAGGCUGCCAAGAUUGCCGAUGUCGAGCCCAUCUGGACCUCUCUCUUCGCCAAGGCUCUCGAGGGCAAGGACGUGAAGGACCUUCUGUCCAACGUUGGCUCCGGUGGUGCUGCCGCUGCUGGUGGCCCUGCUGCCGGUGGCGCCGCUGCCGGCGGUGCCGCCGAGGAGGCCGCCGAGGAGGAGAAGGAGGAGGACAAGGAGGAGUCCGACGAGGAUAUGGGUUUCGGUCUGUUCGACUAAGCGGUUCACCAACCUUCCG